UAAGACACGUUAGUGCGCGCGCGCUCUCCCUAAGAUUUAAAACCUAUGUGCAUACGAUAAGAAUUUUAGCAGAAACAAUAAGAAAAAGAAAAAAUAAAUAAAUGCAGCAUAUAAAUACGAAAAAAGUCGUUGCUUGACACAGAUCAAAUUGAAGUUUUAAAAAAUGUAAAUAAAAUGACAAAUUUUACAGUUACUCACUUUGCAAUUGAAGGGUGUUUUCAGAGGCAAUAAUAAAAUGAAAAAGGCAAACCUUAAAAUUGAUGCUGUUUAAAAAAAAAACAGAAAUUAAGAUUUAAUAUAAACAAAAAAAAAAAAAAAACCAAAUACCAAACAAAAAAAGUUUUUCGAAUUGGGAAUUUUUGAGAAUUUAAAACAAAAUUCGCAACAAGUUGUUGGUGUUUGUUGUCUGCAAAACAAAAAAUCGAAAAAUUCAGCUACAAAUAUUCUCUAUGCCCAUAUCGUCCCGUCCGUUUAUCAGUUUAAGGCACUCAUAGACAUCUUACAACUGUGUGUCCGGCCGGUUGGUUAUGCGUGUGCUCUUUUCAGUUGAUUUGUGUUUUGUUUUUCGUUUUGCAAAAAUUUACCAUUUUCAAUUUUAGUGUAUCUGCAACGAGAUGUAUUUAAAGCAUAUGUGUUAAUCGAACAGUUUAAACGAAAAAAAAAAUAAGUAAUCAACACAGAGCUAAAAUAAAGGCAACAACUAGAGCUGGUUGUUGAAACAAAACAAGUGCAAAACGAUAAUUAAAGCCUCACAAAAUUUCUGUAGCAUUUUUCUUUAAGAGCUGUUUCACCCUGUCACAUUAACAUUGUCAUCAGUUGGAUUACUUUUGAUUGUUUGGGACACUUAAUUGCCAAAAGAUUUAAAUAAUGGGCUUAAAAAAAUACUAUCUACGAUAUGGACGCUCGGCAAGAGAUCGCAUAUUUCAUUGUCUGGGCAUUCCACCGCCUAUGGCAAAUGGCCACAAUCGUGGUGUCAUAACAGAAUCCUUAUAUCCUGCCGAAAUAACACCCACAAUUGCAACAUCCACAACGAGGACAACAAGCGAAUCGGCGACACAACGCCGUCAUUCAGAAACAACAAGCAGAGAGGUAUUCACACGAAAUCGUCCCACACCGUGGUCGAUGCUUAUAUCUAAAGGAAUCAAACUUAGCAAUAAUAGACUAGCUGUGAUAAUUAUCGGUAUAAUUACAUUAAUUUUAGGCAUUUUAUUAACCACAAUACCGUGGCUGGACUACUUCAUAUUAAAGAAUUUAAGGCUGUGGAAUGAUACGCUGAGCUAUCAUUAUUGGCAGAGACCUGGCGUCAUACGAUUAACAAAGGUCUACAUCUAUAAUGUCACGAAUCCCGAUGGUUUUCUGACUGGGGAAAAACCAAAGUUGCAAGAGGUUGGACCUUUUGUUUACAGAGAAGAUAUGCAGAAGGUGAACGUUAAGUUUCAUGACAAUUUUACGGUGUCAUAUCAACACAAAAAAAUCUUAGAAUUUGUUCCUGAAUUGAGUAUAGACAAAAAUACGCCAAUUGUCACACCCAACAUACCUCUGCUGACCCUUACCAGCUUAAGCCCCAAAUUGGGCUAUGUUCUAUCGAAAACAAUAUCCGUCAUAUUGACGGCAGCUCAAUUUAAACCGUUCAUAAAUGUAACAGCCGAGCAGUUAGUAUUUGGCUAUGACGAUCCACUGGUAACGUUGGCACAUAAAUUCUAUCCAAAGCAUCUGAGACCGGGCGAACGAAUGGGUUUGCUAAUUGCUCGCAAUGGAACAUUGUCUGAGGUGCAUUCCAUCAAAACUGGCUAUCAGGGUAUGCAUGAUUUCGGUUACAUUGAUCGUUUGAAUGGCAUCGAUCAUUUUCCUCAAUGGGAUGAACAACCCUGUACCAGUAUAACUGGUUCAGAAGGUUCAUUCUUUCCACCGAGGGAUAUAACAAAAUCUGAUAUGGUUUAUGUCUACGAUAAGGAUUUGUGCCGCGUGAUACCGUUGAAAUAUCACGAAAGUGUGGUCAAAGAUGGAAUCAAUGCAGACCUUUUCAAACUAACGGAAAACUCCUAUGGUGAUGCUGUUAAUAAUCCAGAGAAUAAAUGCUAUGACACCAAAGAUUACCGCGCUGUAAAGGGUUUGCAAAAUAUCAGCCCCUGCCAGUAUGGUGCUCCUGUAUAUCUUUCAAAUCCCCAUUUCUAUCAAGCUGACCCCGAGCUAUUGGACACAGUCGAAGGCUUAACACCCAAUUCUGAUAAACAUGAGACCUACUUUAAAAUUCAGCCGAAACUUGGCGUACCCAUGGAAGGCAAAGUUCGUAUUCAAUUGAAUUUGCGUGUUACCCAGGCCAAACAUAUUUUCCCCGUUAAGGACUUUCGCAGUUUUGUCUUUCCCGUCAUGUGGCUGGAGGAGGGCAUAUCCGAUUUGACUCCCGCCAUCAGACGUUGGAUAUAUUUGGCCACCGUCUUUGCCCCCACCGUUGUACCCAUUGGUUCAUAUCUUAUGAUAGCUGGUGGAGCCAUUGCCAUAAUCUAUGUCUUCUUGCGUGCCUAUCAAAACUAUGUCUUUGCCCAUGAUCCCACAUUGGAAAUACUGGAAAUGGGCAGACGUUCACUGAGGCGCAGUAGCACCUUUAUUGCCCAUCAUCAGCACAGGUUUAUGCAUCGUGAUUCAUAUACCCUGCUUAAAAGUCCCAGUACCACAGAGGUGCAAUCGGAGUUAACCACAACGGUGACGGAGAUGGAGGAUGUAAUACCAAUCAUAAAUAAUAAUGAUCUAAGUUCAUAGUAGAAAAAUUGAAAAAAUUCUGGUAAAAACUUGGCGUAUAUACUAGAAGCAGAGGGACCCCCUAUGUGCGUUUGGUUUCUUUUCUAGGGUUUUAAGAGAGAAGCCUAUAAUUGUAUGUAAAGUCUUACCAAUUUUGUUUCAAGCAAACAAAAGACAACAACAACCAUAAAUUGUGAUGUUAUUGAUAUUUAAAUGUAUGUACAUAUGAAUCCCUGCAGCACUAUCACAUCGAAAUCAACAAAAUAGUCCUAUAAUAGAACGGGGCCACCACAAAAUCAACACUCAAAGACAAGGUUAUUGUAAGUUAUGAACAAAUGCUUUUAAUUUAUUUUAAGUAGUUUAGCAUGUCCAGGGGACAAGUUUUAGGUGAACAUACACAUUUUACAACGGCAAACAUAGCUCUGCAAUAUUGAACUUUAUAAAGAUAGAUUCUGGGGUUUCCUUAUACUAUAGAAUGAUUUUAAGGAAACCCUUUAACAAGUUUCAAAGUUGAAAGUCAGCGCAGCCGUGCCAAAUGGUAUUACUUUUAUGAGAAAAAAAAAUGUUUUUAUUACAGCUAACUACAAAACUUAAAGACCAACAAAUUUUAGACUUCCCUUGCAGAAACCUCCAACAAUAAUCACCGAAUUCCGUAUUUAUAGACACAAUAAGAGGUUUGUCAUUUUUUAUUAUUAGUCAUGUAAAUUGAAACCCCGUUCACUAGCUUCCCACUAGGUGCCUAACAAGUUUGUAAGGAGUGGACUACUCCUAUGACUAGUACAACCCAUGACAGACCCAAGAUAUCAGUACAUCUGUCAAAUGAGAAUAAAAUACGGAACAAAAACCUCUCAAAGUAAAUGACCGAUUCUAAAACUAAUCUUUUUCAUUUGUCAAUCGUUUCCCCAGAUAUGGAAAAAUAUUCCGAAAAUUUAAACUUUGACGGAAAAAUUCAAAUAUUUACUAAAAACAACUUAAAAUUUCUGUAUCUCCUCUUUUACAAAAAAAAAAAAAAAUAUAAUUGUAAUGUGUUUUUAUGUCCAUCAUGCUGAAACAUCAUACUACCGAUAAACUGCGGAAUUUGAGUAUUUAUUUAGAGUCGGGGUUCUGGAGCCACAGCAAGCUUGCCCAACUCAAAACCGGUCCCUGACAUCAGCUGAAAACCACCGCAGCCCUGAUGCUAACUCAACAAAUUAUUACACCAACUUUUCGUAUAGAAACACUGAGAUUUGCAAAUUUAAGCUAUAAACAUCCUUUACUUUAAUUAUCUAUGACUGAACAUUUGUCCCAGUAGUCGAACGUAGUCGAACGUAGCAUAGCAUUUCAAGCGGCUCGAUCUUCUGUGCUCAUUCUAAAAUCCCUGACAAGUAUCGAGGUGUCUCUCACUACUUGAUCUUUCCAUCAGGCUUCUGGUCGUCCCGGUUUGCGGUGGUACACGCGUGUUUGCCUUCAAAAGACUUCUUUGCUGGAGCUUCAUCAUCCACUCUGACAACAUGACCUAGCCAACGCAGCCGUUAUAUUUUAAUACGUGUAACUAGGCUAUCGGCGUCAUACAGCUCGUGGUUCAUACGACGCUUAUAUUCUUCAUUAACGCAAACUUGUUCAUACAUUUUACAAAAAAACUUUCUCUCAAACACUCCAAACACUGCCUCGUCUGCUUUCACAAGUACCCACGUCUCAGAACCAAAUAACAACACGGGUAGUAUCAGUGUCUUGUUUAGUGUAAUCUUCGUCUGUCGAGAGUUGGCCUUGUUUCUAAACUGCUUGCUUUAAUCUAUAAGCACCCUGCUCAAUGAGAAAAUAGAAAUUUCAGCUUUCGUUUAUUUAUCUUUCGUGACGAGCUUAGGUAUGGUUAGGUUUGAGUGGCAGUCUGCCAUCAGACUCACCUAGACAUUUUCGUCCAUUGUGAUACCAGGAACAUCAGAAGGAAGAUGCUUUCUAGUUCCUACCGUUGAACCAUCAAGAUCACCUUAAAAAGCCCAACAACUCGUGAAUGUUCACAUCCUCUAAAUCAGACAAGUUCUCAGAAAUAAGAACCCUAAGUGGAACUCCUUCUGGCUGCCAGUGUGGAGCACGCACACAACAGAUGUUCCAUAGUUUCUCUGAUUCUGCAAAAGUCGUUACUUGCAACUUUCAGUCUGUCGGCUUGUUCCGAUCAGACAGUGACCUGUCAUUAUGGACACAAUGGCUAAAACGUCUGUUCUAGCCGGAGACAGCAAAACGGUAGACCUCUUCAAGUCUAGAUUGGGCCACAUAAUUUUGGAGUGUUCACAACCCCCCCUUUAUGAACAUCAGUCAUUCGUUGACCUUCGGACCUGAUCCUGAAGACUUAGCUUACAUGUCGUUAGAGGCAUAUCGACAGAUUCCAGUUCCCCUGUUAUGUGUAGGUAGUCACGCAAGCUUGUCAUCUCUACAAUACCCGGGGAUAUCUCAGCACCCAAAACAGGUAAAUUUUUAACUGUUCAGCCACCUCGUUGAGAGAUCUGCGACGGUCAAGGGCGAUUUUUGAAUUCAUAAAUACAUCCCCCAGGGGUUUAAUGACUGAGAAGAUAUAUGUGCCAAUCGUCGUUGUGAUGUUAUAUAGCCCUUCCACAACUUCUUUAAUUGCAAGGAUCUCCACUAGAUAUACACUGCAGUGGUCGGAUAACCUUCUCUAUAUGACCAGUUCUAGUUCUUCAGGAUACAGCCCAUAGCACACCUGCUCGUCUAGUUCGAAACCAUCCGCAUAGAAGUCUAUGUAUCUUCCAAUACCAGAUAUAUUGUUGUUGUUGUAGCCACAUUUUUAUGUAGAGGAGGCGAUCCUCGUCAAGCUCUUGAAGGUGAGCAAGCUCGUUCCGGUCCAAAGGAACGAUCGACGCGGGAACAGCGUGGCCAUUGGUUAUUUAAAGCCAAUAACUCUUCUUGUCAUAUCGAGCAUCAGAGGCACUCAGUAUUUGUGCAAGAGCCUGUGCCACUUGAUUUCUCACUAAAACUCUCCGCUCGAUAGCGCUGAUUGUCCGCGACUGACGUUACAACUACUCGGUAUGGAGCAUUCCACUAUUCGCUACUUGUGGACGCGCCCGGUAGCUCACAGCUAAGCUUCUCGGGACUGCAAAGAACACCACACAGUUCGGACCUCAAAGUUUCAGUUUGUGUGGCGCACACAGCCACACACAGCCUGUUUUGGAAUAAAAAAAAUACCUUUGUGUCCCUCCAUCCCACAGGUAUAGUACUCUGUUAAGCUUGCGAUUCAACCUGUGAUAAGUCAUCAGGUCCUGGCUACUUAAAGUAGUCGAAACUGGCGACUUAAAUUAGUCAAAACUUUUUAUUGCGAAUGUAUACGCCACGGAGCUGCAGAAUUCAACUUAGGAUUUGUUGUGAACCUUUCUCAGCUCACCCUUGUAGUUUUUAAGCUCAACCUUAUAGACGUCCCAUGCAUGUGAUGCUAUUGCGGCGUUCACCCAGUUGAAGAGUUUUCUCCAGUCCUUCCUUAGAUCAACCAAUUCUGGGGUCCACCAAGGCGGUCGCUGUUUGCCCCUUGCCUUGGCACUAGGACAUGCUGAACCAAGCGAGUCAUUCAGGGCCGUCGUGAUCCGCUUGACCACUAUUUCUAUAUUCUCCGUAGUUUACACUUUCUUUUCUGGUCUAGAAGGGAUAGACGUGCAGAAUUUGUGCCGAAAUUUAUCACAAUUCAUAUUUCUUCUGUUUAGCCGUAUUUUUUCCAAGGUUGAAACUAAUAAAACGAUUAUCAGAGAAGCUGUGGUUAUCCAACAUUUCCCAGUAGUAUAUUUUUCCGUUUAUAUCUUCCAAUACAAAGGCAAACCUGAGUACCUCCUUCCUGUCACAGGUAAUAAAGCUCGGUUUAUUCCCUUCAUUACAAAUAGCCAGAUUGCCACUUAUGAUAUCUUCGAUGAGCAGUUUGCCCACAUCUGAUGAUGUGCAUUAGGCUCUCAGCCUCUGAGUCUCUUAUUCCCCGUAGCCUUGACUAGUUUAAAAUUCAGCAAUUCUUAGUCCACAAACCCUUUUUCCAAACUUCCAUGGUUCCUGGAUAAGAAACACGUCAAAUUCUUCUGCCAUCAGAAGGAGCUUUAGUGCCGCCAAAGCGACCUUACAUUGAUGGAGAUGUAUCUGCAGCCGCCACUGCUAAGUCGUCUCCUGAUUCCCCAACCCCAUCGCUUCUAUAGACCUUCAGUUUGUUGUUGAAUACGUAGGAGGUGUGCAAGGCAGCCGUAGUUUAGUACCGGCCGCCAUCAGCCUCAUUCAAUCUUCCAGUCAUUGGUUAAAAGAUUGGGAUCAAAGUUCUUUAAUCUCCUAAGUAUGGAUUCAGGAUCUUAGGGCAUCCUUGGCAUCCAAGCCUCUGCUAUUGGUCGAGAAGGAAUAUCUUCCUCCUUGACUAAAUCCAGUGCUGCGCCUGGCCAGAUCUCACCAAUAUUUGGUUAUAGAUGCCCUUAGACCGACCGCCCCAUUUCCCGAUAUUUGAUAUUAGGGCAUGAAAGUUAAAUUGUUUACCCGAAUUCGAUGAAAUUUGGCACAGUGUGUUCUGGUACACCCCUACCUAUUCCUGUCAAAUGUGGUCCAGAUAGGACCACAUUUGGAUAUAGCUGCCAUAUAGACCGAUCUCCCAAUAUAGUGUCAUGAGCCUAUAAAAGGAGCAUUUUUCAUCCGAUUUUGAUGAAAUUUGAAAUAGAGCGUUUUGGUACCCUUCUAAACCUUUUGGUUGAAUAUGCAAAUAUGGUCCGAUCUGGAUGAUAUUCAAAAAGUUUAAGAGGGGUACCAAAACGCACUGUUUCAAAUUUCAUCAAAAUCGGAUGAAAAAUGCUCCUUUUAUGGGCUCAAUACUCUAUAGCGAGAGAUCGGUCUAUAUGGCAGCUAUAUCCAAAUAUGGUCCGGUCUGGACCACAUUUGACAGAAAUGGGUAGUGGUCUACCAGAACACACUGUGCCAAAUUUCAUCGAAUCGGGCGGUCGGUCAAAGGGCAACUAUUGUAUAUCCAAAUACAGUCCGAUCUGAACCGCACUUCACAGAAAUGGGUAGGAGUCUAACAGAACUCACUGUGCCAAUUUUCAUGGAAUUCGGAUGAAAAAUAGCCUCAAGACUUUAAGUCUGGAGAUCGGUCUAUAUAACGGCUAUAUAUAACUAAAACCCGAUUUUAUGAGAUCAGAAAAUCAGUUUUAUAUUCAAAGAAUACGAAAUCAUCAAAAAUCGAUUGGAAAAUAUUUUUAUACCCAAGAUAUCUGCAAAAUUAUAAAUACCCAGCAUUUGGGUAUAAAUAAAUACCUUUUAGGUAUUUACCCAUCGCCCAUCUCUAACGAUGAGACGAUCAGCAAUCCAAUUCUCUGCACGUUCCCUGCAUGAAGACAUAUCGACAGUCAAUCUUCAACAAGUAUUCAUAAAAUAAUUCAAUUGUUAGAACUUUGGUCAGUGGUGUAAUAAUAACUUUAUUCUUUCUGAUCUUUCGAAGUCUCAUAAAAGAAACGAUCACAGUUGAUCUUGCUAACUUUAACCUCGGGUUCAACUCUAAGCGAAAAAUGAUCCACAUAGCCAGUCAAAUACCCUUACAUCAACACACACGUGCCUAACUAUUUUUUAAAGAUCUUUACUAUGUUCAUCUUUAAAUGAAAGCAAUUAACUUGAUGGUGUAAUAUCUUGAUAUCAAAUUCCGUUAAGCGAAAGAGAUGAUGAAAAGUGUUUGGAAGCUCUAACUUUAUGGUCUUGUUUAAGCAUUGCCUAAGUGCUAACUAAUAUAUUUCUAAUUUCCCAAAUAAAUAUUGUAAGUUUGUGAGAAGGUCUAAACAACAUUCAUGCACACACGGUAGCAUAUGCGGUAAAUGGCUACCGGGUGAAUGUAGUCCUUGGAGAACGAUCGCCUCCCAUUGCACCAGAAGAAAUCGACCUCCCCCGUUUCGGCAGAUGCAGCCGCCUCAAUUCCUACAGAGCAAGGAUUGAUGCGGACGUGCAAAAUGGAUGGAUUAUGAGAUGAGACGUCCCUGAAGCACUUGGCCAUGAAACAUUAUUUUCAGAAACGCCAGAUCUCGAAGAUGGGCGGUGCGAUUUAAGCGAAAUUUUGUGUGCUCUCUUAUAGUACCCUAAAAAUAAUAAUUUGGUAUCCAAAUUUCGGAUAGGGUACCGAGGUGGGACGCCCCAACCCUAAAACCUACCAAAUAGUAUAUAGACCAAUCACGACAAUAGGGGAAUCAAAUGAAAGGUAUUUAAGAUUAGAAAACAUAACUGAUUGUCGAACCAAGUGUUUGGGGGACUACCCCAACCUGCAAAACACCCCUAAAUCGGACAUAUAUACCGACCAUGGCAAUAUGGGACUCAAAUGAAAGGUAUUUGCGAGUAAAAUUCGAAUCUGAUAUCUAAAUUUGGGAAAAUGUUUCUGGGGGUCCACCCCUUCCCCAAAACACCCCCCAAACAGGUCUUAUAUACUUACCAUGGCAAUAUGGGUCUUAAAUAAAAGGUAUUUGAGUGUAGAAUAUGAAUCUGUUAUCCAGAUGCGGGACCAAGUGUUUGGGGGGCCGUCCAUCUCCGAGAACAUGCUCCAAAGAAGACAAAUUUACGACCAUAUGGGACUCAAAUGAAAGGUCUUUGGAAGUAAAGCACGAAUCUGAUAUCAAUAUUCGGGAAAGGCGUCUAUGGGGCUACCCCACCCCCAUAACUGACCAUUGCAAUAUAGGGCUCAAAUAAGAAGUAUUUUAGAGUGGAACACGAAUCUGAUAUAUAUUUUCAAAGCCAAGUCACUAAAUGGGCGCACCAUCCCCCAAAAAACACCUAAAUUGGGCAUAUUUAACGACCAUGUCAAUGUGGUGCUUAAAUGAAAGCAAUUUGAGGGGUAGAGCAAGAAUUGAUACCCACUUUCGGGACCAAUUUCUGGGAGUCUACCAUUUUCCCAAAAUACAAACAGCAAUUUUUUACUGUCCAUCGAGAAUAUCGGCCUGAAAUAAAGUAUUUUAAGAAUGGAGUACACCCUAAAAACACAAACUUAAAUUCGUACACCAAUAAAGAUCACAUGGGAUCCAGAUUACUUUACUUUAAUUGGCUAUUACAGAAUAUUUGUUCCACUAGCCGAACGUAGAAUAGCGUUCGAAACGCCUCGAUCUUCUCAUUCUAAAAUCUCUGACAUCAAGUUUCAAGGUGUCUCCCACAUCUUGAUAUUUCCAUCGGGCUUUUGGUCUUCCCGGUUUGCGUGUACCACCGUGUUUGCCUUCAAAAGACUUCUUUGCUGGAGUUUCUUCAUUCAUUCUGACAACAUGACCUAGCCAACGCAGCCGUUGUAUUUUGAUGCGUGUAACUGUGCUAUCGUCGUCAUACAGCUCGUGGUUCAUACGCCUAUAUUCUCCAUUAACGCAAACUGGCUCAUAUAUAUUUUACGAAGAAUCUUUCUCUCAAAUACUCCAAGCACUGCCUCAUCUGCUUUCACAAGUACCCAUGCUUCAGAACCAUAUAACAGCAUGGGUAGUAUUAGUGUCUUGUAUAGUGGCCUUGUUUCUAAACUACUUACAUAGUCCAACGUAGCAUCUGCUUGCCAGUAUUAUUCUUCACUUAAUCUCUAAACUGGUGUCAUUCGUUUCGGUUACGGCGGUGCCGAGGUAGAUAAAGUUGUUGACUAUCUCAUAGUUGUGGUUCGCAACUUUCUCCAUUUUCUUUAUCUGCGCGCUUGUGCAAGACUUUUUGGGAGUUGAAACCAUCCAUUUCGUCUUAUCUCCAUUUACUGCCAGACCCAUUUUCACUGACUCUCUUUCGAUUCUUUCAAAGGCUGUAGUUGCCGUUUGCGGUGAUCGACCUAUGAUAUCGAUGUCGUCGGCAUAGACGAGUAGCAUGUGUUCUCUUGUGAUUAGUGUAUCAUAUCUAUUCACAUCUGCAUCUCGUAGAAUCUUCUCCAGCAGGAUAUUAAAGAGAUCACGCGACAGGCUGUCUCCAUGACUGGAAAACUCGUUUGGUAUUUAAUGGUUCGGAGAGAUUCUUUCCUAUUCUUACUGAGGAACGCGUAAUGCAGCAAGUGUCAUCCUGCAGAGUCUUACUAAUUUUGCAGGGAUACCAAACUCAGACAUGGCUUGAAAUACCUUUGAACGUAAAGGAGUAUCGAAGACGGCUUUGUAGUCAACAAAGAGAGAUGGUAGGUGUUGAUUUGUCCUUCUCGGGUCUUUUCCAGGAUUUGGCGCAGUGAGAAUAUCUGGUCUAGGGUGGAUUUACCAAGUCUAAAGCCGCAUUGAUAGGGCUCAAUUAUCUCAUUGACUUUAGGUUUUAAUCAUUCACACAGUAUGUUCGAGAGUAUCUUGUAUGCGAUGGGGAGGAGACUUAUUCCUCUGUAGUUGGCACAUUCCGUCUUGUGUUCUUUGUUGUGUACGGGACAUAGUAUGCUGAGGUUCCAAUCAUCGGGUAUGCGUUCUUCUAGCCAGAUGGCGCAGAUAAGCUGAUGCAUACGCCUUAUCAGCGUGUAGCCUCCGAACUUAAAUAGUUACGGGGGUAACCCGUCGGCUCCUGCUGCCUUGUUGUUCUUUAGUCGGGACCUCAUUCUGACUAGGAGGUAAACAUUCUAUACCAUCAUCAGGGAUUGAUUCUGCGGUAUCCUCUUCGCCGCCAACGUCGGACACUGGCAGUUGGGUGAAAUGUUCUCUCCAUAUCCUCAGCAUGUUAUCUGUGUCAGUUACCAGAUUUCCUACUUUGUCUCUGCAGGUGGAUGUGCCUGCACCAAAGCCAUCGGUUUGAUGUUUAAUUCUUUGUUAGAAUUUCCGAAUCCAGAUAAAAUCACUUAUAUUGUUAAACUGUUUGUCAAGCGAUAUAACAUUUUCGUAGCAUGGUAUUUCACUAAAAGCUCUUUAAUUGUCGAAAACAUGUAUUCCAAGGAAACUGUUGCUCCAUAUAAAGUAAAAGAAGGCGCGGCGGAGCGGGCCUGGUUCAGCUAGUUGUAAAUAUUUGUCAGAGUAUGAAACAUCUUCAACUUGUUGAUAUUGUCUUUCAACUUUGAAACUUGAUGAAAAUCUCAAAAUUGAAGUUCCUUCCUUUCUAAUCAUCAUGUAGAUAUUGUUUGCCGUCAUCUCUGCUGCUACUCGAAUAUUAUUUAUAAUUAACAAGAAAACACUAUAUGAUUGUGUUUGUUUUUAGUUUUUAGUUUUAACCAUUCUUCUACCACACUUCCAAAUGAUUGUUAAGUUUUAUCUGUUUUUUUUUUUUAUUUUGUUUUUAAACUCAUUAAAAAUGUAUUUAAUGUUAUUAAAUAAGAUCAUAUCAUUUCAUUUUCAUGCCAAAAACCAAACAGCACUCAAAACAAAAGAAGUCAACAAAAUCAAAACAACGAAAAACAAAGUGGAAAAUAGCUUAGAAUUGAUUGAACAUGG